CUGACGGGAGUCUCAAGCAAGGUACCCAGGCGAAAAAAAAGGGGGAAAAAAGAAAAUAAGAAAAAGGAUUGAGAGAAGAAUGAAAGACGGCAGUGGAAAAUAAUAAUAAAAAAGGUUCCAACAGAGACCGCCAGGAUAAAGCAGCCCUCGGUCGGCGGGAAGGAGCAGCUCUGGCAUAUGGGGAUCGCCGGCACCAACAGAUAUUUUGAUGGCAUGACAAAUCAGAAAGAAGAGGAUGUACUGUAUGACUAGACACCAGAUCAGUUCUGUUUGUGGAUUACAUUUUCAGUAAGAUGUAUGGAUCUAUUUUUUCCUUGUUCUUAUAUAUAGAUCAUGAGACUUGACUGAGGCAAUAUACAUAUCAUCCAUCCAUCUAUGGCGAACUACAGCCAUGCAGCUGACAACAUUUUACAAAAUCUCUCUCCUUUAACAGCUUUUCUGAAACUGACUUCACUGGGUUUCAUAAUAGGAGUCAGUGUGGUGGGUAACCUUCUGAUCUCCAUUUUGCUAGUCAAAGAUAAGACCUUGCAUAGAGCUCCUUACUACUUCCUGUUGGAUCUUUGCUGCUCAGAUAUCCUCAGAUCUGCAAUUUGUUUCCCGUUUGUUUUCACCUCCGUAAAAAAUGGCUCUACUUGGACGUAUGGGACUCUCACUUGCAAAGUGAUUGCCUUUUUGGGGGUUUUGUCCUGCUUUCACACAGCUUUCAUGUUAUUCUGCAUAAGCGUCACCAGAUACUUAGCUAUUGCCCACCACCGUUUUUAUACAAAAAGGCUGACCUUCUGGACUUGUUUGGCUGUUAUCUGUAUGGUGUGGACCCUCUCUGUAGCCAUGGCUUUCCCCCCAGUUUUAGAUGUGGGCACCUACUCGUUCAUUAGGGAGGAAGACCAAUGCACUUUCCAGCAUCGUUCCUUCAGGGCUAACGAUUCCUUGGGAUUUAUGCUUCUUCUUGCCCUCAUCCUCCUAGCCACACAGCUUGUCUACCUCAAGCUGAUAUUUUUUGUUCACGAUCGCAGGAAAAUGAAGCCAGUCCAGUUUGUUGCAGCAGUGAGCCAGAACUGGACUUUUCAUGGUCCUGGAGCGAGUGGUCAAGCAGCUGCUAAUUGGCUGGCUGGAUUUGGAAGGGGUCCCACACCCCCAACCUUGUUGGGAAUCAGGCAAAACGCGAACACCACAGGCAGGAGAAGGCUACUGGUUUUAGAUGAGUUCAAAAUGGAGAAGAGAAUCAGCAGAAUGUUCUACAUCAUGACAUUCCUCUUUCUGACCUUGUGGGGUCCCUACUUGGUAGCCUGUUACUGGAGAGUUUUUGCAAGAGGGCCUGUAGUACCGGGGGGAUUUCUAACGGCCGCUGUCUGGAUGAGUUUUGCCCAAGCUGGAAUCAAUCCUUUUGUCUGCAUUUUCUCCAACAGGGAGCUGAGGCGCUGUUUCAGCACAACCCUUCUUUACUGCAGAAAAUCCAGGUUACCAAGGGAACCUUACUGUGUUAUAUGAGGGAGCAUCUGUAAAUCUUUAGCCUUGUGAAACACUACCAUUCUCUGCUAAGCAAUUGUGGCCUGUAGCCAUGUCUUGAGGAGAAAAUCAAGAAUGGGAUGUCAGCAGUUGUAAGGAUUUGGGCAACAUUCUGCAGUCUUUGCAAUAGCUCACCUCUAAUCCUAUUUUAAACCUAAACAUGUUCCUGCUGACCACUGCUGAAGGUUUGUAAUUAAGAACAAAGGACUGAACUACUGCCCUGAAUUCCUUUAUGUGGUUGAAAUCUAGAUUAUGAAAGUAGCAGGUGCUAAGUAUCAGUGCUAAAUGCUGUGUAUAUCACUACAUAAAAUAAGACCAUCAAAAAAGAUUAGCAUUGGACAUCUUAAUAAAUUAAGUUGAUAUGAGGUUAAUGUGUUGAUAAAACUGAUUUUAGACAUCUGAAGACCUUUAAAACAUUUCAUACAAUUAUUGUUUUGCAAAGACUGAAAAUUGGGGACUCAAGUACUGUAACUGAUUAAAGAUGUGCCAUGCAUUAUUGGAUUAUCACACUUACAAAUCAGUUUGCCUUGUGAGUAAG